AUGAGGCACAGGAGGGCCACCUUUGUCGCCACCUUGUGCAAGCCGACACCACCUCAUGCAUCAAUAUCGUCUUCUCCUCCUCACUCUGUCGCCACCGGACAUACUCAGUGUCGUCCUCCUAGUGCAUCCCACCAUUCGAUGCCACCUCUACCCACCGCCCCCUCCUUUUCUCUCUCUCUCAGCUUCGCUUUCUCGCAAGGUGAUGUUGCCACUGCAGGUGUAAUACCCACUAAGCUUGAUGAACGAGUUUUGAAUGAACCAGAAGAUCAGCAGCAGCAGCAACAGCAACAAUUUGUCCAAAUGGACGAACAUAACCAAAUGGAGCAUGAGGAUAACUUAAGGCUGAAAGAAGAGAACACACAACUUUUAACUGAAAAUGUGAAGCUGAAAGGGGCACUACGUACCAUUCGCUGCUCCAAUUGCGGCCAACCUCCCACACUUGACGAGAAGAGCAUCGACGAACUCAUACUUGAAAAUGCUGGUAUGCGCGAGAAGAAUGAUAAAUUUGUUUUAAAAAGGGGGUCUUUUGUAAAAAAAAUGGACUGGUUUGAUUCACAGAUCGAGAUGGUGAUGGGCCUGAUUGCAAAAUACACAAGUCGACCGUUGAGGACGCCCUCCGUGCUGCUCGAGCCGCCGGUGGCCGAACUGAAUUUGAUUCUGAGCCGGAAGGGACCGGAGACUGAAAAAACGGCGGCGCACUUGUUGGCUGUGGUGGCCAUGGAGGAGCUUCUCGCGAUGGCUCAGCGGGAGGCGCCGCUGUGGAUUCCAGGCAUAGCUGGGCUCGGCGAAGCAUUGAACGAGGAAGAAUACGCCCGGGCCUUCCCCGGUGGGCUCGGCCCCAGGUUCGCAGGCCUCGGCAUCGAGGCCAGCAGGGCCACUGCGAUUAUCGCCAUGGACGCCGUCAGAUUGGUCGACAUACUAAUGGACGUGAGUAAAUGGAGCGCGUUCUUCUCCAGCAUCGUCGCCGGCGCUACUUACAUAACGGGCUAUUCAUUCGGAACAGGAGAAAGCUAUGACGGCUCUCUGCAACUGAUUACUGCUGAGCUCCAAGCUCCAAGCCCCUUGGUGGCUCUCAGAGAGGGGUUGUUCCUGAGGCACUGCAAGCUGCAUGGUGAAGGGCUCUGGGCGGUGGUUGAUGUUUCCUUUGAAGUGUCCCCCGACGCCACCAUGACUAAGUUUCGCAGAAGGCCCUCCGGAUGCAUCAUUCAGCAACUGCCAGACGAUCGCUCAAAAGUGGAUCAAAAUAUUUGUAGUUAA